AUGAGCCGAAACAACCCGCCAGACAUUAUAGCAGCGCAGGCGAAGCUCCUGGAAGUUGCUCAACGACAAACGAACGAAGAAAUACAAAAGAAGUUGGAAAUGCUCGGAAAGCAAGUUGCCGCCGCACAGGCUGCAGCUAACUACCGAGCAAUGGCCGAAACGAAGCCGACUUACAAAGAGCGAAUGAAAGCAUUGAGCAACCCACCCCCUUCAUAUCGUCAGUCGAAGCAGCAAAGCAAUGCGCCUUACUCAAGACCGGCGCAAAAGCAGCCGCGAACGGCAAAGAUGAUCGAUCAACCGCGCAUGACUGAAAAAUUCGAGGAUCUCGUUGGAGUCAUUGACGAGCUCGGCAAAGACGUCAGGCCGACUUACGCGGGCAGCAAGAGUGCGCAAGAACGGCUCAAGCGUGGCCUUCAACACGCAAGACAACUCGUCCGUGAGUGCCAGCUGGAAGGUGAAAAGAUCGUCAGGCAAGGCAUGUGA